AUGGAUUGUAGAAGUGCGAUCCUUCUUUGCUUGGCCGCAUUGUUGGCGUUUUUGUUAGUGAGUACUGAAGGGCGCAACAAGAAGGUUGUCAUCCACGUGCCGUACAAAGUGAAGAAGAUAAAGCAUACACACACAGUUUAUAAGACGAUUCACCAUCACCACACCCAUCGGGAACCCCACAUGGAACAGGCGCUUGCAGUCGAGGAACACGAACAUUUCCACCACCACCACCUACACGACGACUUGCCAAUAGGACAACACAGCCAACCAGUCCCCGGGAUUGGGAUCCCGGAGUUCCUACCCGACGUCCUGUUAGACGUCCCGCUUGAGAUCCCGGACGUCCCAUCGCACGAGAUUCCGGGUUUGCCUAAACGUCACAUCGUUCCUCUCUAUAGAAGGAAUUAG